GUGGAGUGGAACCAGGUCCAGAAAAAGAAUUGCUAAAGAAUGCAAGUAAACAGGAUGGCAGAUGUUAUCCUUAGCCUAUUUCCCUAAACAUAGCUUUUUGGCUACAAAGUAAAAUGCCAUUCUUCCAGCUUCUGCUUAUAUGCGGUGAUGGCUGACAGCAGGGACAAUCUUCCUUUGCUUGGCAAGUUGUCACCGUGUGACUUCACGUGUUUUGUAAGGAAGGAAUGAUCGUGACACACAAAAUCGCUGUGCGAUUGUCUGAGGACAUCCGGCCAUUUCUGGGAGGAAUCGUCUCAACCCACCUAAGGCUUUGAGCUCUGUGUGACCAGCACAGCUCCCCAUGAGGCUCAGAGCUGUCUGACCUAAGAGGCAGUUGGCAUCUUCCUCCUGACGGAAGCCAGAUUUUUCACCGGGGCUAGACUGUAUUGACGGUGGUUUCCCAGUCUGCCCCAUGCAUGUCUCAUUUCCAAGGUUCUCUGAAGUGCUGGCUCACUCCCGGCUCCACGAGCCCUUGCUUACUUUCUGCCUCCCCAGCAUCCUCUUCACUUCCUUUCCUACAGCUUCUUGUACUGCUGUGUGUGUUCCUCCCUUUAAAAAAAAAAAAAAAACCUAAUGAAUGUGUUUUGCAGGUUUUGAAAAAAACCCCGUGAUGUUAUCCCAGGAGUCUGUCCAUUCCUUAUCAUUCCUUCCAUAUCUUUGAGUAUGAUCUCUGUGGUUUAGAAAUCCCGCGUUCCACUGUUGUUAAAGAAAAGUUGCCUUAAACCUUUGCCCUGCAAGCACCAGAAGAGAGCUCAUAAAAAGGAAGACAGCAGCAGAUGCAAUCACGGAUGUGGCUUAGUCCUCGCAGCUGCCCCGGAGAACUGUUCAGAGUGUACGAGCCUCAAUCAUGAAUCCAGAAGAACGCGUUGUGACAUGGCUUAUAUCUUUGGGAGUUUUAGAGUCUCCCAAAAAGACCAUCUGUGAUCCAGAGGAGUUCUUGAAGUCCUCGCUGAAAAAUGGGGUAGUGUUGUGCAAACUCAUCAACAGACUUCUGCCUGGUUCGGUGGAGAAGUAUUGUCUGGAGCCCCAAACUGAGGCCGACUGCAUCAACAACAUCAAUGACUUCCUGAAAGGAUGUGCAACCCUUCAAGUGGAAGUAUUUGAGCCUGAUGACCUUUAUUCAGGGAGCAAUUUCUCCAAGGUUCUGAGUACUCUUUUAGCUGUCAACAAAGCAACAGAAGAUCAGCUAUCAGAAAGACCAUGUGGACGGUCCUCUUCUCUUAGCGCUCCCAACGGCUCGCCGACAACCCCCCAGGCAGCAGUUCCCAGCACAACUCCAGCGCAGCAGAGCCAGGCAAAGGCUGUGGAGAUGACGGAAAAUGGAAGUCACCAGUUGAUAGUAAAGGCAAGAUUCAACUUCAAGCAGACUAAUGAAGAUGAACUGUCAGUUUGUAAAGGGGACAUCAUUUACGUUACUCGAGUUGAAGAAGGAGGCUGGUGGGAAGGCACACUGAAUGGGAGAACAGGAUGGUUCCCUAGUAAUUAUGUCCGAGAAAUUAAACCAAGUGAGAGACCUCUGUCCCCUAAAGCUGUCAAAGGAUUUGACGCUGCUCCGCUUACCAAGAAUUACUACACUGUGGUGUUACAGAACAUCUUGGACACUGAAAAAGAAUAUGCCAAAGAACUUCAGUCUCUUCUCGUUACUUAUCUAAGACCCUUGCAGUCUAAUAACAACCUUAGUACUGUGGAGUUUACAUGUUUAUUGGGAAACUUUGAAGAAGUAUGCACAUUUCAACAGACACUCUGCCAAGCCUUGGAAGAAUGUUCAAAGUUUCCAGAAAACCAGCACAAAGUAGGAGGCUGUCUACUGAACCUCAUGCCUCAUUUUAAAUCAAUGUACCUGGCUUACUGUGCAAAUCAUCCUUCAGCUGUCAACGUGCUCACCCAGCACAGUGAUGAUCUAGAACGAUUCAUGGAAAACCAAGGUGCAUCCAGCCCGGGUAUCCUUAUUUUAACAACAAGCCUCAGCAAACCAUUCAUGCGACUGGAAAAGUAUGUUACUCUUUUGCAAGAGCUGGAGCGACAUAUGGAGGACACUCAUCCGGAUCAUCAGGACAUUCUGAAAGCAAUCAUAGCAUUCAAAACCCUCAUGGGGCAGUGCCAAGAUCUGAGAAAGAGAAAACAACUGGAAUUGCAGAUCCUUUCAGAACCUAUUCAGGCAUGGGAAGGAGACGAUAUUAAGACCCUGGGAAAUGUCAUCUUUAUGUCACAAGUAAUGGUGCAGUAUGGAACCUGUGAGGAAAAAGAAGAACGAUAUUUCAUGCUGUUUUCAAAUGUCUUGAUAAUGUUGUCUGCAAGUCCUCGGAUGAGUGGCUUUAUCUAUCAGGGAAAAAUACCGCUAGCGGGCAUGGUGGUGGCUAGAUUAGAUGAAAUUGAAGGGAAUGAGCACGCAUUUGAAAUCACAGGUAAUGUGGUAGAGAGAACUGUGGUCUAUUGCAACAAUAGCCAAGACUUCCAGGAAUGGCUGGAGCAGCUGAACAGACUGACCAGAGGACCAGCCUCUUGCAGUUCAUUAUCUAAGACUUCAUCAUCAUCAUGUAGUGCUCAUUCUUCUUUUAGCUCUACUGGACAGCCCCGAGGACCCUUGGAGCCUCCUCAAAUUAUAAAACCGUGGAGUUUAAGUUGUCUACGACCUGCACCUCCACUUAGACCAUCAGCAGCACUAGGUUAUAAAGAGAGGAUGUCUUAUAUCUUAAAGGAAUCUAGUAAGAGCCCCAAAACAAUGAAGAAGUUUCUUCACAAAAGAAAGACGGAGAGAAAAGCAUCUGAGGAAGAAUACGUGAUUAGGAAAAGUACAGCUGCUCUGGAAGAGGAUGCUCAGAUUCUUAAGGUGAUUGAAGCCUACUGCACCAGCGCCAGUUUUCAACAAGGUACUCGGAAGGAUUCUGUACCGCAAGUUCUACUCCCUGAGGAAGAGAAACUCAUUAUUGAAGAAACCAGAAGUAACGGGCAGACCAUCAUUGAAGAAAAGAGCCUUGUUGAUACUGUUUAUGCCUUGAAGGAUGAGGUCAAAGAACUGAAGCAGGAGAAUAAGAGAAUGAAGCAAUGCCUGGAAGAAGAAUUGAAGUCGAGGAAGGACCUAGAAAAACUGGUCCGGAAGCUGUUGAAGCAAACAGAUGAGUGCAUUCGAGCUGAAUCCAGCAGCAAGAGCCCCAUCCUCCCAUAACCAUCACUGCGCCGCUGAGCACAGGGCCUUCAGCACUUGCUGAGUUGGCCAGCUGAAUGAUUUGACUGUGCACUUCAGCUUUUGCUGUGUUGGAAUCUUUCUUUCUUUCUUUCUUUCUUUCUUUCUUUCUUUCUUUCUUUCUUUCUUUCUUUCUUUCUCUCUCUCUCUC